GAGGCCUGGCCUUGGUUUUGGCUUCACGUCCCUCUCUUCAGCCCAGGCCCCGGGAUGAGAGACAUGGCCUCGGGGUUGGGGAGAUCCACAGGGCCUCGGAGACAGAAGCGAACGCCCUCUUCUCCUCAGGACCUUCUGGCCUUCCCAGGAGAUCCGGCCUCCUUCCCGCCUCCUCUUCCCGUUCUUUGCAGGCAUUUCAUCUCAUCAUCACGACUGCCAGAUGGAUCCCAAAUAUCCGCUCCAUUGAGGAAAUGUGAUUUUGGACUGAGAAUCUCGGUGUAGAGCCUGUGGAGGGAUUUCUUUCCCUCGAAAGAAAGAAGAGGGAGGAAAAACAUCUUGGAUACAGUUGGGUUCUUCACCAGAGUGGUUCCAACAUGGAGAGACCCAACUCACGUGGGCCUGGGGGCAGUGGGGAAUCCUGGGAAAGAACCAGACAUGAGUCCCUGAGUGUGGACCUUGACAGCUCGGACACACAGCGCCAGCGCUUCAGGCAGUCCUCCUACCAAGAGGGUGAAGGACCCCGAGGGGUUUGCAGUCGUCUCCACGAUCUGUGCCGCCAGUGGCUGAAGCCAGAGCAGCACACCAAGGCCGAGGUGCUGGACCUGGUGACCCUGGAGCAGUUCCUGAGCAUCCUGCCCCCAGAGAUGGGGAGCUGGGUCCGAGAGUGUGGGGCAGAGACCUGUUCCCAGGCGGUGGCCCUGGCGGAAGGCUUCCUCCUGAGUCGGGCCGAGGACAAGGAGCAGGAAGGACAGGUGAGAGCAUUCCCUCUGGGUUUCACUAACCUGGAGACUGAUGGACAGGUUGAACGUACAUCCUGCCUUUCUUCCAAGAUGUGGGGGAUGAGCAAGGCCCUGCUCCCUCGGCCUCUUUCCCCACCUGCUCUGCCCCUCCAUCUCUACCGUCAGCUUGGUUGAUGCUCUGCUCAAGAUAGAACAUAGACAAUCAUGGGAGGGGGAGG